AUGGAGGGACUAGUGUUGAUACCUGAUGUUACUACUGAGUUACCACGAUGGCGGUGCAAAGUUGUAGUGGUAAAAAAACUUAAUACACAAGAAUCAAGGAGAACACCAGGAAAGAAAUAUAAACCCAUAAUAUUGGAGGAUGAGGCUGGUAACAAAGUGCAAGCAAUGUUGUAUGACAAAGACAUUGAUGGGACGGUUGAUAAAAGACUCGAGGUGUCUUCUACAUAUAUUAUAUCUAAUGCAUCGGUUAAAGCUGUCGUAGGUUUUACAAAUUUACCUGAUCCAAAGUACAUGAAUAUUUGGAAUAUAACGAGGAGUACUAUGAUUCAAAAACUUAGUCCUGAUGAGGCAAUUGACAUAUCUGGACAUGUCCAGGCUCAUCUGAGCCCAUUUCACCAUAUUUUUGACUAUUUUUUAUCUCGCCGACCAAUAAGCAUUAUGGCGAUUGUUAUAUACAAGUUACCACGCCAAAUUGUGGUGACCAAAAAUGGCGAACAAAAUGUUCAUGAUUUUGUUGUCAUGAACGAAGAAUUGAAGCCUAUUAUGCUAACACUUUGGGGAACGUUUGCUGUAAACCAAGGGGUUCAACUUGAAUUACAACUUCGGCAAGGGAAAUUCCCCAUUAUACUUGCUGAAGGAUUGAACGUUAAUGCAUUCCAAGGGUUGUCACUGAGUACACUAUAUAACACAUCAAUUGAAGUUGAUCCUGUUGGCCACGUUGCAAAAGUCCUUAAUGAUUGGAAGGACAAAAACUCUGAACUCAUCUACAAGGAAAUUGUAGAUAAGACUUACCUUGAUUCAUUGCUUGCAUUGGGAGACCCUAUAAGGCAACGAAAAACAUGCCUUUCAUCUGUUGAAACUGGAUUUGAACAAAAACCAAUUGCAUGGGUGAGAGGCAAAAUUAGAUUGCUUAAGCGUGAUGGUUUCGACUACUACGUUGGUUGCAAUUACUGCAACAAAAUAGUCCACUCAACUGAAGGCUUACAACUCCAAUGCAUGAACUGUGGACAAACUGAUGGCAUCACUGUCAAAAGGUAUAAGGUGGACAUAGAAAUAUUUGAUAACGUUGGAAGUGUACGCGCAACAAUGUUUAAUCAUGAGGUGCACCGACUAUUGUUACUGACGUCGUCCAACAUACCUACCUGCGAAAACGAUGGUGCUAUGCUCCAACAAACACUCGAUAAUCUUGGGCUUGUGUUUGCUCUCAAGAAAAACACCAUAUUCAGUGAACAAAGCACAAAUUAUACAGUAGCGUGUCUGUGCAACGAUGUACAGCUAGACUUAGCUGACUCAAACGAUGGUUUGUUUAGGCAAUCGUUGAUGCUAGGAAAUCCCACGAAAAGAAGGCUUGAUUUUAGCCAAUUAUCGGGAGACAGUGUAGACGAUUCGCAAGCAAGCAGUCCACCAAAUGAUAAAGGGAAAAAGCCUAAAAUUGGUUGA